AUGGGUUGUAUUAACUCCAAAAAUGCGGUUGCCGGAGAUUCUCCUCCGUCGCCGGCGGUCGGUGACAUUGUUGAGGUUGUUCAUGCAUCUUCGAGGGGACAUUCUGGGUUAUUGGUUGUGGAACCAAGAACAUCAUCAGAGGAACAUAAGAAAAAUUUCAGCAAGAACAACUCAAAGAAAAGUAGUAGUUCUUUCAGCUUCAAGAUUGGGUUCUCUCAUAGGUAUGUUGAGGCUGAACAGAAUGCUGCUGGUUGGCCUUCUUGGCUCACAGCUGCUGCAGCAGAAGCUGUACAAGGAUGGGUUCCUCUCAAAGCUGAUUCUUUUCAAAAGUUAGAUAAGAUUGGACAAGGUACAUAUAGCAGUGUGUUCCGAGCACGUGAAGUUGAAACUGGGAGGAUGUUUGCUCUGAAGAAGGUGCGUUUUGACAAUUUACAACCUGAGAGCAUAAGGUUCAUGGCAAGAGAAAUAACAAUUCUCCGUAGGCUUGAUCAUCCAAACAUCAUGAAAUUGGAGGGUAUAAUCACUGCUCGACUAUCAAAUAGCAUAUACCUUGUGUUUGAAUACAUGGAGCAUGAUCUUGCUGGCCUAGUAUCACGUCCUGACAUUGUCUUCACUGACUCACAGAUAAAGUGUUACAUGAGGCAGCUAUUGAGUGGAAUUGAGCAUUGUCAUGUACGUGGGAUUAUCCAUAGAGACAUAAAAGUAUCCAAUAUCUUGUUGAACAAUGAAGGUGUUCUCAAGAUAGGAGAUUUUGGAUUAGCAAAUACAAUUAGCCCAAAUAACAAGCAUCACUUAACAAGUCGUGUAGUGACUCUAUGGUAUCGCCCUCCUGAGCUCUUGAUGGGAUCAACCAAUUAUGGAGUAUCAGUGGAUCUAUGGAGUGUAGGCUGUGUAUUUGCAGAACUUUUUCUGGCGAAGCCUAUCCUUAAGGGGAGAACUGAGGUUGAACAAUUACACAAAAUUUUUAAGCUGUGUGGUUCUCCACCUGAUGAGUUCUGGAAGAAGUGUAAGCUUCCUCAUGCAACAAUGUUUAAGCCUCAGACUAGUUAUGAAAGCUCUCUUCGGGAAAGGUGUGCAGAUUUUCCUGAAAGUGCUAUAAACCUGCUAGAGACUUUACUGUCCAUUGACCCCUACAAGCGUGGGACUGCCUCCUCUGCCUUAAUGUCUGAGUAUUUCAGCACCAAGCCAUAUGCUUGCAAUCCAUCAAGCCUUCCAAAAUAUCCACCUAGCAAAGAAAUGGAUGCUAAAAGUCGAGACGAUGAAUACAGGAAAAAGACGAGUGUAGGUAAAAUAAGAGAGGCUGCAACAUCAAGAAGGCAACAAAGACGAGUCUCUAAAGUUUUGCAAGAACCGAACAAUUUCAAUAAAACAACUUCAAAAGAGAACAUUCCUCAAAAUGCUCGUAGAGAUGAUGGUAAAGCACAUCUUACAAGGGGAAAAGGAGGAGCCAUGCACCAACCAAAGCCUGCAUUGGAUGCAAUGUCAGAGGCUUCUCAAAUGAUGAAUGAUGCUAAUGGUAAAGGCUAUAGUGUCCCAACACAGGUCCAAGGAUCUAGUGGCUUUACAUGGGCAAAAAGAAGAAAACAAGAUGCUUCAUCCACACUAUCAGAUGGCUCAAGAAGCAAAAUCAGUGCACUUGAUCCAAACUUUGCAAAAGGCACAUAUGAUUUAACCAAACAAAGGGUAUCCAUGGAUUUUGAUCCUGCAGAACUGAUAAAUCCUCAGGGCCACAGAGAACAAGGUGCACAUUGGAAUGAAAAUGGUAUGCGGCAUGCAGCUCGUAAAUCAAGGUUUGGAAGAGGUAAAUAA